CUAGGUAAGUUUAAAAAAUCAAGACCCUAAAUGCAAAACUAUGAUUGAAUAAAAAAAUUCUUUUCCUGCAAUGGUAAUCAUUAUGAAUGAAGAUUAUUCGUCGGAAUCAAACGAAAAGGGAAAUGAAUUAGUUAAAUUGCCUCUAAUUAAAGAAUUGAGUGAUUCACAAGAAAUUGAGAAAUUAUUUUUGCAGAAGCUUGAUCAAUGUUGUGCUUUGUUUGAUUUUACCUAUGAUCCAUUAAGUGAUAUCAAGAGUAAAGAGAUAAAAAGGAUGGCACUUAAUGAAUUAGUUGAAUAUGUUGUAGACAACAAUGAUUCUAUAACUGAAAUAAUUUACCCAAAACUUAUUGACAUGUUUAAAAUAAAUGCUUUUCGAACAUUACCUCCUUCAUCAAACCCACAUGGGGCUGAAUUUGAUCCAGAUGAAGAUGAACCAGCUUUAGAACCUUCUUGGCCUCAUCUACAAAUUGUUUAUGAAUUGUUACUGAGAUUUUUGGAAUAUAAUGAUUUUCAGAUAAACAUUGCAAAGCAUUAUUUGGACCAGCCCUUCAUACUCAAAUUGUUGGAGCUAUUCGAUAGCGAAGAUCCUAGAGAAAGGGAUUUUCUCAAAACUAUUCUCCAUAGGAUUUACGGAAAAUUCUUGGGUCUAAGAGCUUACAUCAGAACCCAGAUCAAUAAUAUAUUCUACAGGUUCAUAUACGAACAAGAAAUGCAUAACGGGAUAGCCGAAUUACUAGAAAUAUUAGGCAGCAUAAUAAAUGGGUUCGCUCUGCCCCUCAAACCAGAACACAAACAAUUUCUCCUUAGGGUUUUGCUCCCUUUACACAAGGCUAAAAGUUUAUGCUUUUACCACCCUCAACUUACUUAUUGCGUUGUUCAAUUCUUGGAAAAGGAUUCAACUCUCACAGAAUCGGUUGUAAAUGGUUUGCUCAAAUUCUGGCCCAAGAUUCACUCGCCUAAAGAAGUUAUGUUUCUUAACGAGUUGGAAGAAAUUUUGGACGUCGUUGAACCGGUUGAAUUCACAAAAAUCCAGGCUCCUCUAUUCAGUCAAUUAGCUAAAUGUGUGUCCAGUCCUCACUUUCAAGUCGCCGAACGAGCCUUAUAUUUUUGGAAUAACGAAUAUAUCAUGAGUUUGGUCAGCGAUAACGUUACCGGCAUAUUGCCGCUCAUGUUUCCUAGCCUAUACAAAAAUUCAAAAACUCACUGGAAUAAGACAAUAAACGGAUUGAUAUAUAACGCCUUGAAAUUAUUUAUGGAAAUGAAUCAAAUGUUGUUCGAAGAAUGCACCAAAAAAUACGAACUAGCCCUUCAAUACGAAAUAGACAAAGAGGAAAGAAAGCGCACAGCCUGGACCCUUAUCAAAGAAAAAGCUAAAAUGAAUCCCAAAUAUCAACAUUACAGUGAUUCCUUGUCAAUAGAGGACGAUAUCAAGAACUGCUUGACCGUCAAUUCGCGAGAUUCCAAAAUCAACGGGUUUCAUUCCGCAUAUCAUGACACGAAUUGCUCAGCGAACGAUGAUACGGAAGGUUUUCUCCCAUCCGAUACAAAUUACGUCAAAGGUGUUGACACGAAUAAUGUCGAUGAUUGUAACAAACAACAAGGAAAUAUUCCUCUAAACUCUACCAACAAUACUAUUACACAGAGUAAUAACAAAGACUUCCUACAAAAAUAUUCUCACCCGUUUAAUAAUAAUAUGGCAAUGCUGGAUGUUGGCGAUAUAGGAUCCUACGACGAAUCAGCGAUUGGUAAAAAUCGUAAUGAAUCGAUUCGUAACGAGACAUUCAAUUCUCCUCAAACUGUGGAAAAUGGAUGAGAAUUUUAAUGAAUUUUAUUACAGUACGAGAUUAUACGAAAAAAUAUACUAUAAUACUAAUUUUAAGCCCUAAUAUAAUACACAUACUUAAAUCGAUUAUAUAAAUUUAAGAAUCUACUUAUAUAAAUUUUUAUUAUGUAAAAUACUAUUUGUUUUUUUUUACAACACAGUGAUUGUAAGUAGAGGAACACAAAUUUUUAUAAUAUUGUAUUUAAUUUAUUUUUUUUAAAAAAACCAUUUAUUUUAAAUAUAGUAAAAAAAAUAUAUUGAAUUAUUUAUAAUAAAUUUUAAUUUUGUAUAUAGAUAAAUUAUAUACA